CCAGUGCCCUAGUUUCUCUCAGUCUGAGUCUGGCGGUUACAACCUAAGACAUGUUUUCCUGUCUUCGCAAGCGUUUUGGGAGGGGGAACGUCGAUUGUGGACAGACUAGAGUGAAGGAGUCUGGCUUUUCGUCUCAAAGUAAUGAUGGACAAAGACAGCACUUCUGGGGAAUGUGGAACGCUGGGAGAGAAACAUCAUCACCUGGCACUGAACUAAGCAAGAAUCAGGCCAAGAAGGAAAAGGAGAGGCUGAUUAAAGAGCUGCAGCUCAUUACCGAGGAGAGCAAUGACCUGAGAGAUCGCCUGAGGUUUCUGACAGACAGAUCCAUGAAGAACAGGCCACACUUCAGGCAAAAUCCAUAUUAUGAAGACCUGGAGAGAAUGGAGGAGGCGGUCAUGUCAAUUCUGCACAACUUAGAGAUGGAGAACACUGAGGUCCAUGAGAACAACCAUAAGCUGAAGAAGGAGAUUACCUUCUCUAGAAACCUGCUCAGCCAGCUCCUGAUGGAGAACACAUGUAGGAAGAAGUUGGUCCCACUGAAGCAGGAGAGCAAGGAGGUACAUCUUGAUUGUGCACUGAACCAGAAAUAUUUGGUUGACUUCAACAAGAAAGAUAAAGACCAUCAACGGCCAGAACCAGCAUUAUCAGGUCUCAGAAAGUGCAAGAGAGCUGGAAUUGGACACACAGCAGUAAGAGAGCUUCCUGAAGAAUAAGUUGCUUUCUCAGGAGUCCCUGAUGACCAACAUCCUGAAUGAAAACAGCACUUGAGAGACAACUUGGGGGACCGCCUUUCAUUAUGUGUGCUAGAGGAGAAACAGCAAUACGUCUGUUCUUCUAAAUGUUCGUUAAGAAUAUGCUUUUAGAAAUAUUUUUGUUAUGAUUUUAAUUGAAGUUUUCUUUUUGUUGUUUCAUAUUUAUAUGUUCUUGUUACUAUUUUUACUUUCAAAUAUUUUUAAAUAUUUUUAUUCAUUUUAAUCCUGUUUUGUUGUAAAAAUGUAUUUGUUAUGAAUAAAAAUUGAAUUCUA